ACUGUACAUCUAUUUUGAUCAGGCAAUGGAAUUUACAUGAAAAGUAGCAUUGACAUUUACUUUACAUUAGUUAUUGUCGUAUUUAAUAUGUUUUUCUAUAUAGUAGUAGCCUUGGUUAUCGUGGCUAUACGUGUGCAAUUUCAUAGGGAGUAUGCCUCUAGUGCACCUGCUCCUCUCUUUGAUUUUCUUCAGGUAUUCAACUCCAUUCCCAGCGGAGGGGUUGGGGCGUUGUCUUGUUAUGGACGGAGACCAUAACCAGGUAACUCCCCGCCACAGCGCACGACUCCCCGGCGUAUUGCAAUGUUUUGUUUAUUUGGCUCUCUUUCCCCGCCCCCCGAGGAAGAAAUUAGUCAGGCAACACCAGUUUUCUCAGAAAGGUAUUGUAGGUGUGUCCUGAAAAUACAAAGAUGGUAGAGAGUUGUUAAAAUUGAAAGUGUCAUCCGAGUUUAGGCAGCGACAAGAUGAAGUUUCCCGAGGUAACAACGCUUCUCUCGGUUCUGGCCGUGGUGUUUUUACGCGGGGCGCACGGUUGGGAUGCGCCGCCGUUUUGUCAUAGCUAUGAUUGUCCUGAGUUCACGGUCGUUAAUAAAUAUGAGGACUUUGAGGAACGUGCGUACCAAGUGAGCCGCUGGAUAACCGUCGACAGUCAGGGUGUCUCUGACCACGACGUGAAGGCUGGAUUCACGAAACUGUGGGACUACACCCAGUGGGACAAUAAAGCAGGUGAACAUGUCAAUACUCAUACCUGGCCUGCACUUAUUUCUACGACUGAGGUCGAGGAUGGUGGAGAGAAGCAUGCAUCUCUCUCUUUCUAUGUGGCUCCAGAAGAUACAGUCCUCCCCACUCCCAAUGAUGCCUCAAUCAGGAACGAGACUAUGCCUGCCUGCACCAUAUAUGUCAGGACUUUCAGUGGUUUUCUGUCAGAGUACAACUUCCAGGAAAAUUUGAAGAAGCUACGUGAUGCCCUGACACAGGCUGGGAAAGCAUUUGACUCCCACCGGUUCAUCGCGGCAGGGUAUGAAGGCCCGUGGACUCUGAUUGGCCGACACAAUGAGGUCUGGAUCCACGCCGCCUGAGGAAGGCAGAUUAAACUAAUAAACACAGAGAUUUAAAAUUCCAAACAAAUGUUCAAUGGUGGGUACACUUGCCCAUGCAUAUAGUGUGCGCCAUUUGGAAUGUUCAAUUAGUACGCUAUGAAAGUUGAUGUCAACUACAAAAUGUCAUUGGUGUAUUGCCUUAAACUAAAUGAUUUGCUACCUCAGAAUGCUGUAGCUACUUUUAUCUCAUCCAACCAUGGCAAUUUCUAAAUUGGGUUGAGGGACUUCUAGUAUACAUGUGAAGCCAUUACUGUGUCCCAUAGAAAAACAUACUAGAGUUUCUUCACUUUGGGGGAGUGGCUUUCUAUAGUCUUUACUAGCUAAAUAUAUUUUUGGGCACCUGUUCUGUUAAAAUUAUAAUCUUUCAAUCAUCUAACUGUCGCAAGUCAAACAGAGCAGGUUUAGUAAAAUAUAGAUUCAGUAUUGUAAUCCACAAACACAAGAUGCAGUUUUUUAAAACAUCAAUCCCUAGCAUUUUAUCAGCAAUUUUUAUUUACACUAUGAAUGAUUUGUUCUAUAAAUGAUUUGGUCUUUCUACUGCCACUUAUAUUCCUAGUCCCUUGUAAAAUGGUCUUUUACAAUCUCAAUGGCCUGCUCCUGAGUAAAUAAAGUUCAGAUGAGAACGAUAACAACAUGCUGUAUAAGAAUGUGAAGUUAGUCCACAGUCUCAGGUUCAUUUUCUGCCAGAGUGAUUAGAAAGCGACUGGUUGUAGGAAUGUUGUGCAGCAAGUAACCUCAAAAGUACCUAGCCACAUUCUCAGAAUAUUCUCAAUUUCCGCAAGAGAUAAUUACAGUAAAGACACAUGAGAAGCUUACAUAUUAUAUCAUCUAGUGAGGAGUGAUACUUACAGAUAGAUGUUCUUUUGUACCCGCAAAUUACUUUACUUAUAUAUUAAUGUAAAUCAAUAAAAAUAUAAAUAUACCCA